UCGGUAAUUUCACUCGGCCUCCUUCCUUUCAUUUCAUCCGAUUUAUUAAACGCUUCACUUUGCCGAUAUCAUAAUACUCCUCCCUCCCUUCCGUCCCUAUUCCAAUUGAAAAAUAACAAAUACACGGGUUACAUACAAGAUUUUUCUCCGAUUGAAUUGCAAAAGAUAAUUAAUUUUUGCGUGCGAUCGAUAAUAUCUUACAUCAUUACAUCACGUUCGGGAACAGGAAUCGCGCGUGUGUAUACGUUGCACGUAUGUCGAGAAAGAUGGUUGCACGUAAGGUUCGUGUCGAUUCGUGAAAAAAAAAGUAACCUAUAAUAGAUCGGUCGAAAAUGUGUCGCCACUAUCGAUCUGUAACGAAAUUACGGAGGUUUCAUCAACCUUGUUCCCGGAUGGUGGCAGUCAGCUGUUCGAAAAUCUUCAAUAUUUAUUGCGUUAAGAUACGCAUUGUAUAAGCACGCAUCGCUUUCAAAAAUUAAUUCAAUCCGAUGUAUACGCGUAAAAAAUGUUAAAUUCGAUAAAAACAUCAAAAAUAUCAUACGAUUCAAAUAUUCCAGAUGCACGAUGCAAUGGACUGAAUGAUUCGCAAUUCGAUUUUUUUUUUUUUUCCCCCUCGACGUUUUCAAAGAUAUGGGAAAAGGGUCAUCGAUUUUUUUUUUUUUUCUUUUAUCACAUCAAUUUCGCAGAAUGAAUUUUCAUUCCUGCGCGGAAAUAUAAACGUGUGCGAUGUAUGGUAAAUGUGAUUGCCCCUUAUAUGCCGGCAACUAAUUUUCGUGAAACGCAUCCGGUGUUUACCGGUGCAAUAAAAAUUUUCCUAUUUUUACCAAAUUGAUUGCGUUGUUGCGAAAAGCACUGGAAUCCGGCGGGCUGGGAUCGAGCGGGUUCCAAUUGGCGAGAAGGAGUGGGGAAAAAAGCGAAGAGGCUCGAUCUUGACGCCGCAUUUGUUCCUGCCCGCACAACAGCAUCGAACUUAUUCCGAUAGACUCUCAAAAUUCACGGUUUAUGCAACAUAAUUUAUCCAACAAUCCCUGUUGAAAAAAUCAAUCAAAAUUCAUCAUGUGUGACCAUUGCGCAAAAGUUACGAGUCAGAAGGGAUACGCGGGCCAAGUGACGUGUAAAUGCGAGCACGGUGACAAGAGGAUGGGCGAACUCAAGGAAAGGGACUUUGGAGGAUGUUGCUCGAGGAAAGCGAGAGAGGCGGCUGGUGGUUGUUGCUUGUCCGGUUGCUGCAAGGAUAAAGGGAAGAAGGAACCGGAACCGGUUUCGAGAUGCUGUGCCGAGCGAAAAUGAACAUUUUUCAUUGAUUAAAAUUCUGUAGUAUCACAGUACCAUUCGAUGUAAUUUCAUACUCUUGAUGUAAUA